AUGGUUCAGUCAUCCGUUUUGGGUUUCCCCCGCAUGGGUGUCCUUCGGGACCUCAAGAAGGCGAACGAGGCCUACUGGGCUGGCAAGAUCUCGCAAGACGACCUCCUCGCCGAGGGCAAGAGGCUUCGUCUUGCCCACUGGAAGAUCCAGAAGGACGCCGGUGUUGACAUCAUUCCCUCCAACGACUUUGCGUUCUACGACCACGUCCUUGACCACAUCCAGCUGUUCAACGCUGUCCCGGAACGCUACACCUCGCAGAAGCUGUCCCCGCUCGACGAGUACUUUGCCCUUGGCCGUGGCCACCAGAAGGGCGGUGUGGACGUCCCCGCCCUGGAGAUGGUCAAGUGGUUCGACUCCAACUACCACUAUGUCAAGCCUACCCUCCAGGACAACCAGACCUUCAGCCUGGCCCAGGACCCCAAGCCCGUGCGCGAGUUCCUCGAGGCCAAGGCGGCUGGCAUCCAGACCCGUCCCGUCCUCGUCGGCCCCGUCUCGUUCCUCGCCCUUGGCAAGGCUGACCGUGGCUCCUCUGUGAACCCCAUCUCCCUCAUCAGCAAGCUCGUGCCCGUGUACGUCGAGCUCCUGAAGGCCCUCAAGGCCGCUGGCGCCGAGAGCGUCCAGAUCGACGAGCCUGUCCUCGUCUUCGAUCUUGCCCCCGAGGUCAAGGCUGCUUUCAAGCCCGCCUACGAGGCCAUCGUCGCUGCUGGCAGUGCGAUCCCCUCGAUCGUCGUCGCCACCUACUUCGGUGACAUCGUCCACAACUUUGACGUGAUCCCCGCUUUCAGCGGCGUCCAGGGUCUCCACGUCGACCUUGUCCGCAACCCCGAGCAGCUCGAGCCUGUGAUCAAGCAGCUCGGUGCCAACCAGAUCCUCUCUGCCGGUGUCGUUGACGGCCGUAACAUCUGGAAGAACGACUUCUCCAAGUCGCUCGCCCUUCUCCAGACCGCCGUCAAGGCCCUCGGCCCUGAGCGUGUCAUUGUUGCCACCUCCAGCUCCCUCCUGCACACUCCCCACACCCUCGCCAGCGAGAAGAAGCUCCCCGAGGACGUGUACGAGUGGUUCUCCUUCGCCAGCGAGAAGGUUAAGGAGGUUGCUAUCCUGGCCAAGGCUGUGACCAACCCUGAGGCCGUCAAGGCUGAGCUCGAGGCCAACGCCGCCUCUAUUAAGGCGCACGCCCAGUCCACCCGCACCAACGACCCCAAGGUCAAGGAGCGCCAGUCCCAGGUCACUGAGGAGCAGCACAACCGCAAGACCGGCUUCGACAACCGGUACGCCCAGCAGAAGAAGCACCUCAACCUCCCCCUCUUCCCCACCACCACCAUCGGCUCGUUCCCCCAGACCAGCGAGAUUCGUGUCCAGCGUAACAAGUUCACCAAGGGUGAGAUCACCGAGGCGGAGUACGAUGACUUCAUCAAGAAGGAGAUCGACCUCGCCAUCCAGAUCCAGGAUGAGCUCGGCCUGGAUGUGUACGUCCACGGUGAGCCUGAGCGUAACGACAUGGUGCAGUACUUCGGUGAGCGCCUCCAGGGCUACGUCUUCACCACCCACGCGUGGGUCCAGUCGUACGGCUCGCGUUGCGUCCGUCCCCCCAUCAUUGUCGGUGACAUCUCUCGUCCCGCUCCCAUGACCGUCAAGGAGAGCAAGUACGCCGCCUCGGUCUCCAAGAAGCCCAUGAAGGGCAUGCUUACUGGCCCGGUCACCUGCCUGCGGUGGUCUUUCCCCCGUGUCGACGUCCACCAGUCCGUCCAGUGCCAGCAGCUCGCUCUGGCUCUCCGUGAUGAGGUCGUCGACCUUGAGAAGAACGGCAUCUUCGUCAUCCAGGUCGAUGAACCCGCUCUUCGUGAGGGUCUCCCUCUGCGCAAGGGCUCCGAGCGUGAUGCCUACCUCCAGUGGGCCGUCAACAGCUUCAAGCUGGCCACCGCCGGUGUUGAGGACUCGACCCAGAUCCACUCUCACUUCUGCUACUCCGAGUUCCAGGACUUCUUCCACGCCAUCGCUGCCCUCGAUGCCGAUGUCCUCUCCAUUGAGAACUCCAAGUCGGACGCCAAGCUCCUCAAGGUCUUCAUCGACGAGGACUACCCCCGCCACAUCGGCCCCGGUGUCUACGACAUCCACAGCCCUCGUGUUCCCCCUGAGGCUGAGUUCAGGCAGCGCAUCCAGGAGAUGCUCGAGUUCCUCCGCCCCGAGCAGCUCUGGAUCAACCCCGACUGCGGUCUCAAGACCCGCAAGUGGGAUGAGGUCAAGGGUGCCCUCACCCACCUGGUCCACGCUGCCAAGGAAUUCCGUGAGCAGUACUCCAAGGCCUAA